UCCGACUGUGCGCAUGCGCAUCGGGCCGGACUACGGGGCGCCGCUGAGCCAAGUGGGCGACCCGGGCAAGGACGGGCUCUCGGGUCACGUGACACGGAGCUGGCCGAAUUCUGCAGGAGGCAACGCCAUAGCCUAGAGGUGAAAGUGCCACCUCAUGGAGACCCCCGCGGCCGCCGCCCCUGCCGGGAGCUUAUUCCCCUCCUUCCUGCUCCUGGCCUGCGGGACGCUGGUGGCCGCCUUGCUGGGCGCCGCGCACCGCCUGGGGCUCUUCUAUCAGCUGCUGCACAAGGUGGACAAGGCAAGCGUCCGGCAUGGUGGAGAGAACGUGGCCGCUGUGCUGAGGGCCCAUGGCGUGCGGUUCAUCUUCACGCUGGUCGGUGGGCACAUUUCCCCACUGCUGGUGGCCUGUGAGAAACUGGGCAUCCGUGUGGUGGACACACGCCAUGAGGUCACGGCCGUCUUUGCUGCUGAUGCUAUGGCCCGCCUGUCCGGAACGGUGGGCGUGGCGGCAGUGACAGCAGGCCCUGGCCUCACUAACACAGUGACGGCGGUGAAGAAUGCUCAGAUGGCUCAGUCCCCAGUCCUGCUUCUGGGUGGGGCCGCCAGUACUCUGCUGCAGAACCGGGGUGCGCUCCAGGCUAUUGAUCAGCUGUCCCUUUUCCGGCCACUCUGUAAGUUCUGUGCGUCUGUGCGGAGGGUGCGGGACAUUGUGCCCACCCUGAGGGCGGCGAUGGCUGCUGCCCAGUCGGGCACCCCAGGUCCAGUGUUUGUGGAGCUGCCCAUUGACGUGCUGUACCCCUACUUCAUGGUCCAGAAGGAGAUGGUGCCAGCCAAGCCACGCAAGGGCCUCGUGGGCCGAGUGGUCUCCUGGUAUUUAGAGAAUUACCUGGCCAACCUCUUUGCUGGGGCAUGGGAGCCUCAGCCCGAGGGACCACUGCCCCUGGACAUCCCCCAGGCUUCCCCGCAGCAGGUUCAGCGCUGUGUGGAGAUCCUGAGCCGGGCCAAGAGGCCCCUAAUGGUGCUAGGGAGUCAGGCCCUGCUCACCCCGAAGUCUGCCGACAAGCUUCGGGCUGCCGUGGAGACCCUGGGUGUUCCCUGCUUCCUUGGGGGGAUGGCACGGGGGCUGUUAGGCCGCAACCACCCCCUCCACAUCCGGGAGAACCGUAGUGCGGCCCUGAAGAAGGCAGAUGUCAUUGUCCUAGCAGGAACCGUGUGCGACUUUCGCCUAUCGUAUGGCCGUGUCCUCAGCCACAGCAGCAAGAUCAUCAUUGUCAAUCGUAACCGGGAAGAUAUGUUGCUCAACUCAGACGUCUUCUGGAAGCCCCAGGAGGCUGUGCAGGGAGAUGUGGGUUCCUUCGUGCUGAAGCUGGUGGAGGGCCUUCAGGGCCAGACAUGGGCCCCAGACUGGGUGGAGGAGCUGCGGGAAGCUGACCGGCAGAAGGAGCAGACCUUUCGGGAGAAGGCAGCGAUGCCUGUGGCCCAGCACCUGAACCCAGUGCGGGUGCUGCAGCUGGUGGAGGAAACGCUACCUGACGACUCAAUUCUGGUGGUGGAUGGCGGGGACUUUGUGGGCACUGCUGCCCAUCUGGUACAGCCCCGUGGCCCCCUGCGCUGGCUGGAUCCUGGGGCCUUUGGGACUCUGGGAGUUGGUGCAGGAUUUGCACUUGGGGCCAAGCUGUGCCGGCCGGAUGCCGAGGUCUGGUGCCUGUUUGGGGAUGGAGCUUUUGGCUAUAGCCUCAUCGAAUUUGAUACGUUCGUCAGACACAAGAUCCCAGUAAUGGCCUUGGUAGGGAAUGAUGCUGGCUGGACGCAGAUUUCUCGGGAGCAGGUGCCGUCUCUGGGCAGCAACGUGGCCUGUGGCCUGGCCUACACUGAAUAUCACAAGGCAGCCAUGGGUCUGGGGGCCCAGGGCUUGCUGCUCUCACGUGAGAACGAGGAUCAGGUGGUCAAGGUGCUGCACGACGCCCAGCAGCAGUGCCGAGACGGCCACCCGGUAGUGGUGAACAUCCUCAUUGGGAGGACGGACUUCCGCGAUGGCUCCAUUGCUGUAUAGGGCCUUGUGGGUCAGGAUGCUUGGCUGCCUUCCUGCGGCUGGACUGUGUCCAGCUGGUUUGGAGUCUCAUCAUUGCUUGCCCUGCGCCUAUCCCAUGAGGCCCGAUGACUCCACAACCUCGCUGAGGAGGGGAUGGAGGGGUCAAAGCUCAGAGAGGCUCCCUUGUGAGCUCUUCGACCCUCCUCUCCACGGACCCAACUGUGCCCUUUGUCCCCUCUCUUACGGAGACUGAAUAAACCACCUCUGGCCCACGUGGGCCCACAUACUCAGUCUCA